AUGGCGCACACAAACGGGGCUCUUUUCGCCUUUCCUCGCGCUCGCAUCCUUCAAUACGUACCCCAAGCGCCAUCAAAUGCGCGACGAUCAGGCUACUCGCCCUGUCCACGGCCUUUUGACGGGCUGAUCAAUCCUGGCGCCAAAGGCGUCGACCUCUCGCAGACGGCCAUUCUCAAAGAUGUCUCGGGAGCGCUGCAGAUCUGCGCAGUGCCUGAUCCGGCUCGAGGACCAGCUUGGGAAACCCUAUUGAUCCUUUUAGAUCCUGAGCUUGAAGCUGGAUCUGGCACGCAGGGACAACAGGAGAGGAUGAUAUUGCCUUGGAAGUUGAUCGAUAGGGCUAGUGAGAGGCAAGGUGAUAGAGAGCUUUUCGAGGGAUUGGGAGCUGGGACGCAUGGACGAGAUGGAGGCAGUCUUUGGUUUCACCUCGAUCCGCUUGGUUUGGGCGGACAGGGAAUAAUAUGCGAGAUCUGGCUGAUUGGGUGAGUGAAGCGGCUGUCUGAUUGUUCUUGCUCACUGCGUCGUCUACACGCUUGCUUUUGCUUACGAGUCGCCGCUUGCUGCCGCAUACAUCCGCACACACGCGCACACAGAGCACCGGCUCCGCUGGUAACCUCUCUUCGAACGCUGCUUCUCACUUAUCCAUCACCUCAGCCUCCUCUUCCACCCUGGCUCAGUCCGCAAAUCACCUGGCCGUGGCGGGACAAUUACUUGUCGGUCCGACCCAUGCAGCCUCCUCAAGAUCCGCUCUUCGCGUCCGCGUCUACGAUGGUUGAGUCAGCUGCGAAGCCUGAUGACAGCAGCGCCUCGACCCAGGCUGAGUUACUUGCGAACGCAAGUAGCAGCCCAAGGCCUCUAGCCAACAUUACCAACGUCAACACGACCGUGGACACGACCGUCGGCCUUGAAGUCGCUGAUUCGCAGCUCAAAACUGCUGAGGACUUGCAGACAAAGUCUACACCGACAAUCGGACGAAUCAGACCGACUCUCCCACCUAAACCCGACAGCCUCAAAAGCCCUCCACUUUCACCGACGACGCCUUCGUCCGUUCGAUCCGCGGCGUUGCGGAGCUUGGAUGCGAAGGAAGAUCCGAGUGCGAUGGCUGAUAGACCGAACACAGAGACUGAUCAGCGACAGCUGAGCGAGGCGAGCUCCGAGAGCUCCGAGAGCCGGCAUGACGUACAGCGAAAGGAGAGCAUCGACCUCACUACGUGUGAACGUCCGUCGCAGGCUCAGCUGGUCGACGUGCCAAGUCCUGCCGUUUCAAGAUCGACCCAAUCACAGACAGCAGACGACUCGAUCGAGCAGCUGGCCGCCGUCGAACCGCCUCUCGAGAGUCGCAUGACGCUUCCGCACGAGUCAGAGUCCCAAGGAGCGAUCACCCCUGCUGAGGAUGCGAGACCCGCCUCGGUGCUCAAGAACCUACCACGACGUCGUCCACGUCCUCCAGGCUCCGCAGGUGCCUCAGCAGCCACCGUAGAACAAGCCGCUGUGCGAGCAGACUACAGAAACAGCCUGGUCGCUAUCGACAACGAGACGGGGACGAUUAUCGGAGUGCUGGCUAGGGAUGUGUAUCUUGGUCAAGAUGCCCUGCCCGACUCUCUUGCAGGAUCGGCAUUGCCACAGCAGGAAGGAAAAGCGAUCAGACCCGCCAGCAAGUAUGUGGAUGAAGGCAGGGUGGAAUCUCGACCGCCGAGCGUGCUGAGGGAGGAGACCUUUGCCCCGCCACCCGUGCCAACCAAAGAGGAUUGGAGCCAGUCAGCUCGCGACUCGAUGGCGGACGCUCAAUUCUUCUCUGCUGUCGAGGGAGAGAAUGAGAACGAGACUGAAACGGAAACGGAAACGGAAACGGAAACGGAAACGGAAACGCAGGCUGGAGCGCGAGGCACGUACGAGCACGUGAAACAUGGAGAAAUGACGAGGCCCGAUUUGCUCAGGGAUGCACAGCGGGUGCGUGAUGGGGAGCAGAAUGAAGAGGACUACGAAUCGGAUGCGAGUGGAAGCACGAUUGGGGGACCUGCCAUGAGAGUCUGGAGAAAGGCUAGAGGGUUGCCGCGUGCUGAAGGAAGGAGAAAGAGAAGGGAAGCAAGCGAAGCUAGCGAUAGGACCAGUAAAGCUGUCACGGCCAUCUCAGGAUACGAGGGUGAUGCGGACGUUGAGCUGCAUGAAGAAGCAGAGCAAGAUCUCGACGUGGAACUGGAAGCUCUGGAUGGGGACACGGAGCAAGGAGAGCCUACGCCUAUGCCCUCCAGGUUUAGCGAACCUACUAGGAGACCCUUAUCUAGGCUGGAUCCCCUGAGCGCCCCUUCUAUUCCCAAGUUUGACGCCCAAGAAGAACCUGAAGAAUCCACUCAAGACGUCUCUGAGCAAGUCCACCUCAUAGCUCCAGAAUCGGGCACGGUCAAGUUGCAGCGCAAACAAUUGGCGCUUCAUGGACAUUUACCGCGCGCUUUGAUGAGGACGGAAAAGGUGUGGGAGGUGGAGGAUGAGGUGUGGAAGGAUGCGCUAGAGACGGGAAGCUUGCCUGUGCAGGGCCACUACACUCAUCUAGCCGCGCAUGGCACUUCGGACGCGAGCGAAGAGCAGCAAGCGACACGCGAGGUGGCCGCAAUGAGCAGUGCGGGAGCGAUGGAGGGUGUGCUGCAGGGAGGAACGGUAUUGAUCCAGUUUUUGGCAGGGAGCAAAGUGGGAGCUAGUCUAGUUUCGCACGUGCCCGGCGCUGGGCUAUCCGACGUUACGAACAUGCUACAACUACCGUCGGAUGAAGAAGCUCCUUUGAGAAAAGGAGCGAUGGCUUACAUACCCGUGCUGCCGAAACAUUUUCUAUGGUGGUUGGGCAUCACGCCCGAUGAUGCGUCGACAGCACGGAACAAAUCGAUCAACAAGCCGAAUGCGCUCCGCGACGAAACGUCGCCGAGCGUGCAAGAGCUUAGCAGGACGCUUUAUAGGACUGGCACGCUCGAUGAGGGCUUGGCCAGGACGCUACUGAAUGGCGUGACGGACGGAAUGUAUUCGGCAUGGGAAGGCGUUUCCAAAGGAGCUGGUUGGGUUCUCGGAAGCACGUUUGGCUGGUCUUCUUCCUCCUCCCACCCUUCUUCUUCUGCUUCCGCAGCGGACCGGAAUCCCCUCGGACCGAUUAGAAUAUUCGGCUCGACGGAGCAAUGCAGCGAGAGCGAGCAAGAGCAGGAAGAAUUGGAUUUGAGAGCAGACGAAGAUGCGAAAGAGGAAGAGUACGAAUGGGCGGUGCCGGAUUUCGACCCGCUUUCGCUUGAGGGUACUCCUAGACCUGUAUAUAGGAGAAAGAAAGCUAUGCCCAGCCCGUUUGGAGGGUUUGGCAUCAGAGAAUCGGACGACUCUCAACAACAGCAGCCGAGAAGCAACAAGGACAAGUUCACGGUACUUCAUUUCGACUCGAAUGGGUUUGGAAGGAGGACUAUCGUCGAUGCGCACGGUGUGCCUUCUUUCUGA